AUGCGUGUAAAUAAACAAAGAAGAAGAAGAGUUGAUCUUUUUGCUGCAAAAAUUUCCUUAAAUCUAUAAACAAAAUUAGAUGUAAAUAGUGUAUGAAAUGGCAUAGGACAUAAUUGGUAAUCAUGUUUACCCUCUGAACUUCAAUUAGGGUCAAUUUAGACGAAUUAUGAUGCUGAGUCGUUUCAAUAAACAGCUUGA